AUGAUUAAAAAAAUACAUUUUAUUUGUAUUCACAUUGAAGAAACUCCACCUGCUGUUCAGGCGACACGUCACAAAAAACAAGUGGAUGACAAGAUCAAGGAGAAGAAGGAUGACAUUUGGAUACAUCCCCCAAGUUCCAAACUGUCCUCCCCCCAUCAGUCAGAUGUGGAGACGUCUUCACCUGCAUUGUCUAACAAAGAUGUUGCUGAAUCUGGUUGUCAAGAAGAACCUGACAUCCAAGAAUCAGAGCAAAUCAAGAAGAACAUUGAAGAACAGCAGAAGAUCUGCCCACCAACACGUGAGGAGGAGAUCAUCAUAGAACUGCUGGAGCAAUGCUCCGAGGUUUAUGACUUUUACGGUGACCCAGAAACGUACUUCCUCGAUUGUCAGAUGAAGGAGAUGAUGCUGAAUCAACUGUCUUCCUACAUCACACACAAAAGGACCAUCAUCUCAGAGUGUCUAUACCCAGAGAUUGUGAGCAUGGUCAGUACAGCCGAGGAUUACAAAUUUACUGGUUGUUCGAUGGAGCUUCUGCUCCUCUGCAGAUCGUAUUCUAAGACUGAGGAUGACCUCAAAAUCAAUUAG